AUGGACGAAACUUUAAAUGCUUCUUUGGAGCAUCCAAGUACAAAGUUAAAGAAUGAAACGCCUUUUUUGUCAUCAAUAAAAUGGCUUAUUUCAGGAGGAUUUGGUGGUGCUUGUGCAGUUCUUGUUGGGCACCCAUUUGGUGUGUUUUCAAGUGUUUUUAUGUUAAAUUUAGACUUUUUAGAUAUUGUGAAAGUACGGUUGCAGAUUGCAAAAAAAGGGUUUUAUACUGGAUCACUUGAUGUAGCUAAGAAGAUCCUUUCACAGAAUGGCUUUUUUGGACUUUACCAGGGUUUGAUACCUCCUCUUCUUGGAACUGUUCCUAUUAUUUCUGUUACAUUUUGUGGUUAUGACUUUUUCAAAUUUUUAAUAAGAAAAGUUUCAGGUGUAUCUUCUGAAUUAACAAUUCAACAUAUUGUAUAUGCAGGCUUUCUUUCAGCUAUUCCUGCUACAUUUGUUACUGCACCAUUUGAACGUGUUAAAAUUAUAUUACAAAUUCAGGGACAGCAUGAGAAAAAUAGAUUUAAUGGUGUAUUUGAUGUAUUAAGGCAUUUGUAUAAAACAGAUGGCAUAAAAUCAUUAUUUAGAGGCGGAUGCUUGACAUUUGCUCGAGAUGGUCCAGGCUCUGCUAUUUAUUUUGGUGUAUAUGAAGCUACGAAAAGAUAUAUGAUGCCAGAUGAUUCUAAAUUAUCUAUUGGAACAACUAUUAUGGCUGGUGGACUUUCUGGUGUUGCUAUGUGGUCUAUUAUGUUUCCUAUUGAUACGAUAAAAUCAACUAUACAAGGUUCAGAUAAUAUAAGUUUUAGAUCAGCAUGUACUACAUUAUAUCGUCAAGGGGGUAUCUUUCGUUUUUUUCCGGGGUUUGUACCGGCAAUUCUUCGAUCAUUUCCUGCGAAUAGCGCUUCUUUCUUGGGUGUUGAGGUUGUCCAUAAAAUUCUGGAUAGUUUGUUUUAA